AUGAAUAGAUCUACUACAUCACAAAUAGCGAAUAAGAAGAUGAAAACUGAACGUAAUGGCGGAAAAAACUUGAGAUGUUUUCAUCUUAUAUUCACUAUACUGCUAUGGACAAAUGGUAUUGCUGUUAUAUCCGUUGCACUUUGGCUUCUUCUUGAUCCAAAACGUAACUAUGUACUCGAUUUUAUUGAUUUCUCCGAUAAUUUUCCUUAUCUCAAAGCUGCGACGUAUAUAGCUUGUGGAACUGGUUUCUUAUCGGUGUUAUUGGGAUUCGUGGGUUGUUUUGGAGCCAUUGGUCGACGACGAUGCUUAUUAGUUGGCUUUCUGAUUGGGAUUGUUCUACUCCUUGUUUUGAAUGUUGCUUUUGGAAUCUUAUCCAUAUAUUAUUGGAAUCAGUUCGAUUCGGAAACGAUGAGACGACAUAUGGUAACCAUGACGAGAAACAGAUACGGAAGAGAUGAAUGGGUGCAGCCAUUGAUGGACAAAAUACAAUUUUAUAAUGAGUGCUGCGGAGGUGAAGGAGCCAAAGAUUACCAUUUUUCGUUUUGGUUUGUGACUAACAAGGAAAGAGGAACCAUGUCCUAUGUACCAAUCUCAUGUUGUAAGCAGACUAUAACGGCUAGAUACUGGCUUCUUGCUCCUAUCGACCCUAACUGCGAUCUGAGAGACCAUUCUGAUACAUCCUUCAGCAGUACGGCAUAUAACGAGGGCUGCUCCGAAAAAGUUCUUGGACAAACCCGUAAAACCUGUUUGAUUCUGUUGGCUUUGAGUGCUGAAGGAGGACUAUUGAUGGUUUUCAUGCUAUUUCUGACUCUUUGUUUCCUGAACAAGAUAGUCUAUUACCGUACAUUAGGAACAAGUUAA